AUGGCUGACUCCGACCCCGCGACGGUCGCUACGGGCCAUGACGUCACGGAUAGCGUGGAAAAGUCAUCCGAGUCAGAAACUAAACAACAGGAACAAGCUGCGCAGACAAUUCAGAGGUACUACCGUGGCUAUCGAGCGCGUCGAGAACUCAAAGGCUGGUCUCUUUCCUCGUCCACCCGCUGGAUCGAAGCCGUCAAGGAAGCGCAAUGGCACAAGGCGAUGCAGAACCAGUACGACGCCGAGACGAACGGCGACGUCGAACCAGACAAAAACGACAGAGACGAUAUCAUACGACAUGAAGAUGAGGAAGAACAAGAGGAAGAACGAGAACAAGCAUCGCGGCGCACAAGUCAAAGCGGCCUUUCGCCCGAAGUCCGACGGAAGUGGAAACUAGCAGGGCAAAUCGCUCUGAGGGCCGGCGGGGAUGAUAAUCUGGAAGACAAGAUUGUAGAACAAAAUGGUUCUGAGGAAAGGAGCGAAAAUGGCGCGCAGAGGGUGCAUACAUUCCAGCACACAGCGCAGACACAGCAUCAUCGUGAACCAUUAAUACCGACCCGCACGGCUGCGGAGGUGGAAAAGAAGGCGAAGAUGAUGGAUUUGCAGUAUUUUCUGGAAAUGGUCGACACAAAACACCGCUACGGCAGCAAUUUACGCGCCUAUCACAGUAUAUGGAAAAACAGCCCCUCAAAGCAAAACUUCUUCUACUGGCUCGACUACGGCGAAGGCAAAGACGUCGAAAUCGAGCGUGUCCCGCGCGACAGACUUGAGCGUGAACAGGUACGAUACCUAAGCCGGGAGGAGCGACAGGAUUAUCUCGUCAUUGUAGAUAAAAGCGGCCGGUUCCGAUGGGCUAAGAAUGGAGAACGAGUAUGGACGGAUAGUGAGCGGUUCAAGGAUAGUAUUCGUGGUGUUGUGCCGGUGGAGGAUAAGACGCCUACGUUUAGGGAGUAUACAAAGGAGGGGGAUGAGGUUUUUACGACUGAUAGUGAUGAUGAUGAUGAAAGCGACGAAGAGGAGGAAGAGGAUUCAGAUGAAGAGGUUCAGCGGUAUAUGAAUCCGGAUUUUGAUAAUGCAAAGGGGAUCAAAAAGAUUGAGUACGUGAGUCCGGCGGUGAUUUUCAAUCAUUUGAUGCAAAAGUCGUUGAAGAAGAGGGACAAGUGGAUUUUUGUCGCUGAUACAUCCUUCCGAAUAUACAUCGGCAUCAAAGAGUCCGGCGCCUUCCAGCACUCCUCCUUCCUGCGCGGCGCCCGCAUAUCCGCCGCAGGCCUCCUCAAAAUCAAGGACGGCCAACUACGCAGCUUGUCGCCGCUUAGUGGUCACUACCGUCCUCCCGCCGCGAAUUUCCGCGCCUUUGUGCAUGCGCUCCAGAACAAUGGCGUGGACAUGUCUCACGUUUCAAUUAGCCGAUCCUAUGCCGUCCUCGUGGGUAUCGAAGGAUACAUGAAAUACAAGCAAAAGAAGAAAGACGUAAAAGACAAAAUUGAGGAGGAAAAGGCCAAGCUUGCCAAUAAUAAGCAGGACAGUAAGGAAGAGGAUGAGGUACCGGAUGUGUCGCGGAGUAGACCGACGCAAAAGAAGACUACCACUACAGUCAACCAGGUUUCGGUCGAGGAAGAGAAAAGUGGUGGUAAGAAGACGGGUUUCUUUUCGACUAUCGCGAGAAAAAUUACAAGCAGAGGGUCGACGCAGGAGAGCAAGACUGUUGCGAUUCGUGGGAGAGGUGUACCGGGUACAGCCCCUGAGGAGGGCGUUCCUGCUCCUGAGGGAAAGCGAUGA